AUGCCGUUACACAAUCAAUAUACAAAUACAGAGCUGCCAUAUCUUUCAUUAAGAGCUCAUUGUGGUUUAACUGUGAAGGAUAUUUUGCAACUUGUUGGUUCAUUAAUACUUCCACUGAUGUUAGGAAUAUUUACAGUAAUAAUCACUUUACAUCAACAAACGAUUACUACUCAGCAACGUCUUGAAGAUCGAAAAUUAACUGAAGAACAGCGGGAACAAGACUUGAAUAUAUCACGUGAACAAUGUUUGCAAGAUUUAAACAUGUUUGCCAUUCAACGAGAACAUGAUUUAAAUAUUUCACGCGAACAACGUCAACUGAACAAAGACAUUGCCGAAGCAAGACGCAUUCAAGAUGAUUUAAUAGCUGAAAAACAACGAAAUAUGUCAGAACAACAACGAGCUCAUGAAGUUAACAUUGCUCAAGAACAAUUGCGUGACUCUGUACUUGUCACUUAUAUGAAUGAUAUUGGUUUACUACUUAAAUCUAACAAUGGAUCAUUAACGUCUGAUCCAGUAACAGCAAUUAUUGCUCGAGCAAAAACGCUUACUGUUAUUCAACAACUUGAUGCUGCUCGCAGUGGUUUUGUAAUUCGAUUUCUUUACGAGGCUAAACAAUUGACUAGUGGUGCAAAUUCUCUUGACAUUUCAGAUGCCGAACUGAUCGGUAUUGAUUUAAGUAGUGAGACGAUCUUUCAUAGAAAAUUACACAAUUUAUCAUUGACUGGAGUCAUUUUGCGAAAUGUCUCUUUUUUCAAACGUGAUUUAUCUUAUACUAAUUUUAGUGGUUCAUUUCACAAAGGCUGA